AAGAAUAUCAAAACAAACAACAAUAAUAACCGAUUCGGUAUUUGAUUCAAUGAGCUCUUAUCAAUUUGUAAAUUCAUUAAGCUCGUGCUAUGGGCCGAGCCGUGGAGAUAAUGGUACAGCUGCAGCGGCUGUAGCUGCUGAUUAUUAUUCACAACAAGUUUAUAAUAGUUGGUCAUCGAAUCCAUCAGCGGCUGCUGCAUCAGCAGCAGUUGCGGCAGCAGCCGCUGCUGUUGGUCAAUCACCAACAUCAUCACCAUAUACAGCUUAUUUACAACAAAAUGGUGGUGGUGGUGGACAAGGACCUGUUUAUAAUACAGCGGCAGCAGCAGCAGCCGCUGUAUGUUCACAACAACAAGCACUAGUUGGUGGCCAACAACCAGGUGUAACAAAUAAUCGUUUGGCCAAUAGUCAUCCACAACAUCAUCAACAACAUCCACAUCAUCAACAAACAAAUAGCCAACAACAACAACAACAAUUAAUGCAAUCACAAUUAUCACAAUUACAGCAACAAGCGGCAGUUGUUGCCGCAACGAGGCAAUCAACAAAUACAUCACCACAAUCAAGCUGUAAAUUUGGUAUUGGUGAUCCAUCACAAUCACCACAAGAUCUCAGUACAUCAAGUAAUGGUGCUGGUCAAUCACCGGAACCACCAUCAACACAACAGCAACCACCAUCAUCAUCAUCAGCAUCAUCAUCAUCAUUAAAUAUACCACCAACAUUACAAUCAACACAUAAUAAUAAUAAUAAUAAUCAAUCAAUAACACGUGUUAAUCAUUCUAAUCAAAAUUCCAGUAGCUCAACAACAACAACCGGUAAUGGUCAAACAAACAGUCAUCAUAAUAAUAGUAAAUUUAAUUCACAAAAUAAUAAUAACAGUGGUGGUGGUAAUCCACCACAUAUUUAUCCAUGGAUGAGAAAAGUACAUGUUGGUCAAAAUGGAGUGAAUUCAAUGGGCGAAACAAAACGACAACGUACAUCAUAUACCAGAUAUCAAACAUUAGAAUUGGAAAAAGAAUUUCAUUUUAAUCGUUAUUUAACACGUAGACGUCGUAUUGAAAUUGCACAUUCACUUUGUCUAAGUGAACGACAGAUAAAAAUUUGGUUUCAAAAUCGUAGAAUGAAAUGGAAAAAAGAACAUAAAAUGCAAAGUGUUAUACCACCACAAUUACCUCAAAUGCUUGGUCCAAUUGAUCAUCAUUUACAUCAUCAUUUACAUGGUGAAACAAAGGUAAAAGGGUAA